AUGAAAAAGAUUCAGCAAAAGACAGAAACAAAUCCAUUGUUGGUUUUACGUCAAGCAAAACGUGGAGUAACGCCCAAUAUAGGAGUAAAAACAAGACGUAAUAAAAAAGGAUCGACGCAGAAAGUUCCAAUUGAAAUAGGAUCCAAACAAGGAAGAGCACUUGCCAUUCGUUGGCUAUUAGAAGCAUUCCAAAAGCGUCCAGGUCGAAAUAUGGCUUUCAAAUUAAAUUCCAAAUUAGUAGAUGCUGCCAAAGGGAGUGGGGUUCCAUACGCAAAAAGGAAGCGACUCAUAGAAUGGCAGAGGCAAAUAGAGCUCUUGCACAAUUUCAUUAAUCCAUGA